CCAUAAUGACAGCAGACAUGUUUUCAUUCUGUACCUCAUUUCAUCAGUGUAAUUGUUCAGGUCAUGAAAUCAAGCAGGACUUUAUUUCAUAUAUUUCUCUCAUCCCGAGUUCCCGAGCUCCGUGCCCUGAGAGCACCGGCUUUGGAGCAUCCAGAAAAUGAAAGGAUGUACAGUUCCUCACAUCACACACUGUCACAGAGAGAAGAACACGGCCGUUCCGAAGAGUUAUGUCCCCGAGACGUCAUUGUCCAGACCCCCGUGGCCUGAAUUACCACCAUAUGACAAAGAGAGAGAACAGCAGCAGCAUCAAGCAGUUGUGGAGAAGGUGAACAGCAUGCUGGAGAAGCGAGAGUUCGGACGUCUGUUUGCGGUCGUUCACUUUGCUAGCCGUCAGUGGAAAGUGACCAGUGAAGAUCUGAUCCAGAUCGAGAACCACAUUGAGGCAGAGUGUGGAGAUCAGAUAGUGCUGGAGAAGGUGCUGCUGGUAGGAGGAGAAAAUUUCACACUCAUUGGGAAGCCUCUUCUCAGGCGUGAUCUAGUCCGAGUCCAGGCCACCGUCAUUGAGAAGACCGAGUCGUGGCCGAUGGUACACAUGGUGUUCUGGAAGAGACACCGGUUCCAGAAGAAGAGAAUUAUCGUGCAGCCGCAGACAGUGCUUCGGAUCAACUCCAUCGAGGUGUCGCCCGCACUCCUUUGACCCCACCUCGUCCUUCUAAUGAGGAUUCAUCUGUGUUCAUCAAAUCUUUCGAGUGUAAUGAAGCUUGAACGUAUCUUUUGUUUGUAACAACUGUCAUUUAAUUUAAUAAAAGUCCUGCUGUGGGGAAAAUG